UAAGUUCUGCGGCUCCUCACCUGAGAGCAACAAUCAGAAUCUACAGGAGGGAGCCGUCAAGUUAUGGUCAUGUCAUAUGACCAAGCCCUGACUGGGGACUCGCCAAACCCUUGCGGACAUGUCGAAUUAGAUAUCCUCAAAUUGUGAAUUCGAAGAGAAAGUUCUGGAGAGCGGGGGAAUUCGUCGCAAAUAGCUGACGCGAACCAACAUCGAGCCAGUGUACGACGCCGGUCAGCCUGUCAAGUUUGAGAAGAGCGCGAGCGCAAGUACGGUCUCGAAUGAAAUAUACGCGGUGACGAGUCCAUAAGGCCAAUGCGAAUGUUUCAGAUGGAGCGUGUCAGGCGCAUCGUUCGGCGCGGGAUCAUAGACAUUGUACCAUUCUACAGUAUGAUAGUUCGGCGACGAGGAUUAGCAUUAUGCCUACUUCUCACUAUUUUCUUCCUCCUAUAUUCGGCGCCUUCAAUGUUCCGCUACGUUCGGCGGAGAGCACCUUACAUAAUGAAUCCCAGCUUAAAUGCGAUGAUGAUACAGAUCGAGGAUUUCGAGAAGGAUGCUGCCAAAUUCGACGCUCACAUCCAGCGCACUUUCGAUCAUGAAGAUGUGCCUUUGGUUCCACUAGUAGGGAACGGGUACAUCGGCUACGAAGCGUCGAGCGAUCAGCUGCUUAUAUUUAAUGACCGAACGCUUUCAACCUUCCUCCCGUUGUCUCCAGUAGCUCGGACAGCUUCCGAGAAAGAAGACGAAAGCAAUCACCUCACCCAUGUGAUCCACUUUCUGAACGGGAAAUUAAUCAAAGUGGAGUCGCACGAUGUUUCGAGCAAUCAAUUCAUCAUCCGACACGAUGUCUUGGCUCACAGAAAAGAGAGCGGAGUCUUGAUACAGGAAAUCAGUAUCAGCAACGGUGGCAGAGAUGACACACGUUUGGACUGGCAGCAGAAUUUGAAAAAUCUGCAAGCUUUCGAUGUUCGCAACCUCGGUCGUCGGAUGGGAGACACGGAUCACAUCCAGAUCACCGGGAAAAUCGCUGUGGGGAAGAAGUUCUCCGCGUUCUCCCUGAUUGCUCCGAAACUCAGGGAAGUCUCGGUCGGGUCCAAGAGCGUCAAACGACUACAGCUCGUGUCCGUGUUGCAGUAUUCAAAGCUUGUGAACCUUCAAGAGAUCAAGGCUGCUCAGCUUAACGUCGAGAAUCAAGCCAAAAAAGAAUUCGACAGGGUCAUCGCCCGAGAUGUCUCGAGUUUGAUAGCUGAGCAUAACGAUGCUUGGCAAAAGGUGUGGAAGUCAGGUCUUUCAAUCUCGCUGUCUAAGGCAGACAACGCCCUCAAUGGUGACCGAAUAAAUGCAACUCUGUACUACGUGCUUUCGAACACGCCCAACGCUCCAACGGAGAAAACUGAUCUGGCUUCACUGGGCAAGCACUGCUACAAGGGCCAUCACACUCUGAACGCGAAGACCCUCUGGCCGACCGAUCUCAGCAGGCCGAAUGUUCUCCUGAAAACUAUUCAUUUAUGGCAAUUGACCCUCGCUAAGCGAGGCUGUGAAGAUCUGGUCAUGCGGGGAGGUCCGCACGGUGCCAUGCAGGCAAUGCUCAUGAGUUUCGGGCAGUUCUUCUUCCACGAGGGUCACCUGGAGUUCGCAACGCCCCCCGAGGAUCUCCACCGAGAUUUCCACUACAGGAACCUCAUGCUGUUCGGAGCUGAUAAUUGGCUCAACGUCAGCGUCACUGUGAACAGCGAGAACAAAGCUGUGCUCACAGUUCACGCGGACUCAAACGAGGAGGUGUAUGCGUGCGAUGGAGGCUGUCUCGACGAUCCCGUCACCAUCAGGUUCGUACAAAGCCUGGAACUACCAGUGAAGCGAACGCUACCCCCCACCGCGGUUCUGUACGUUGCUCGCAGUAAACAACAUCUAGAAGAACUGAAGCACACUCUUCAUGUACACGAGGUCGUUGAAGCUCCGGCCCAUGAAGACCACCUCCUCGCUAUGCAUCGCGAGGGCAACCAAUUGGGCGGGCUGCCCGCUCUGUUCUGGGCCACGUUCGCUUUCCUAGUUGUUUGUUUCCAUUUGUUCCUAGCCCGGAUAAUCUACAACGAGUAUUUCGCGAAGAGUCAGUAUUCCUAUUCGGGAUUGGACUCGAAGAAAUACGUGGCUUGAUUUCUCGCUAUCCGAUUACUUGCUGUGAAUCUGUGCCUCCCUCAAGUUACGAGGUCUAGAUGGCAUCCAGACGUUGAGGGGACCGGAGUCUGAUUAUCUUUCUAUUAUGGAGCGAAAUUGGAUCGAGCGGGAAUUCCCAUUGGCUACUAACGGAGCGGGGAUUCGUUCUCUUCUCCCUUGCGCUGGUGGUUUCUGUCCCACUCCACCGGAGCUGAGCUACGUUUCAAGCUUAUUUGUUUUGCAUCUCGAGAGUAGCGGAACGUCGGCUUCUGGACGUGGCGGAUACCUGGUGAUAUUUUCUAAGCAUCUUAUUCAGAGAGAGGGGGAACCCAUCCCUCAAUAUCGAGUGUACUCCGACUUAGGUGCAUUUCCAAAGGAUACGCAAAGUUGUAAAUAUCAAUGUAAAUAAACCGAAGAUUCAUCGAGUGCGAAUGGUGGAGCUGUACGG